CCCGGAGGGGCAGUGUGCAGAUGGAAGUGCAAGAGUCCCGGAGGGACACUCAGCAAGCAGAAGUCCCAGCUUCCCGGAGGGGCAGUGUGCAGAUGGAAGUGCAAGAGUCCCGGAGGGGCACUCAGCAAGCAGAAGUCCCAGCUUCCCGGAGGGGCAGUGUGCAGAUGGAGGUGCAAGAGUCCCGGAGGGACACUCAGCAAGCAGAGGUCCCAGCUUCCCGGAGGGGCAGUGUGCAGAUGGAAGUACAAGAGUCCCGGAGAUGCACUCAGCAAGCAGAAGUCCCAGCUUCCCGAAGGGGCAGUCAGCAGAUGGAGGUCCAAGAGUCCAGGAGGGGCACACAGCAAGCAGAAGUCCCAGCUUCCCGAAGGGGCAGUCAGCAGAUGGAGGUCCAAGAGUCCAGGAGGGGCACACAGCAAGCAGAAGUCCCAGCUUCCCGAAGGGGCAGUCAGCAGAUGGAGGUCCAAGAGUCCAGGAGGGGCACACAGCAAGCAGAAGUCCCAGCUUCCCGAAGGGGCAGUCAGCAGAUGGAGGUCCAAGAGUCCAGGAGGGGCACACAGCAAGCAGAAGUCCCAGCUUCCCGAAGGGGCAGUCAGCAGAUGGAGGUCCAAGAGUCCAGGAGGGGCACACAGCAAGCAGAGGUCCCAGCUUCCCGGAGGGGCAGUGUGCAGAUGGAGGUGCAAGAGUCCCGGAGGGACACUCAGCAAGCAGAGGUCCCAGCUUCCCGGAGGGGCAGUGUGCAGAUGGAAGUACAAGAGUCCCGAAGGUGCACUCAGCAAGCAGAAGUCCCAGCUUCCCGGAGGGGCAGUCAGCAGAUGGAGGUCCAGGAGUCCAGGAGGUGCACUCAGCAAGCAGAAGUCCCAGCUUCCCGGAGGGGCAGUAUGCAGAUGGAGGUGCAAGAGUCCCGGAGGGACACUCAGCAAGCAGAGAUCCCAGCUUCCCGGAGGGGCAGUGUGCAGAUGGAAGUACAAGAGUCCCGAAGGUGCACUCAGCAAGCAGAAGUCCCAGCUUCCCGGAGGGGCAGUCAGCAGAUGGAGGUCCAGGAGUCCAGGAGGUGCACUCAGCAAGCAGAGGUCCCAGCUUCCCGGAGGGGCAGUAUGCAGAUGGAGGUGCAAGAGUCCCGGAGGGACACUCAGCAAGCAGAGAUCCCAGCUUCCCGGAGGGGCAGUGUGCAGAUGGAAGUACAAGAGUCCCGAAGGUGCACUCAGCAAGCAGAAGUCCCAGCUUCCCGAAGGGGCAGUCAGCAGAUGGAGGUCCAGGAGUCCAGGAGGGGCACACAGCAAGCAGAGGUCCCAGCAUCCCGAAGGGGCAGUGAGCAGGCAGAGGUGCAAGCAUCACGGAGGUGUAGUCGUACAGCUGAGGUUCAGGAGUCCACAAAAGAGUUCCAGAGGGAACAGGUGCUCCAUUCUCUACAGACUAGUCUUCUCCAAAUAGCACCAUGCUCUUAUCCGAGUCCCCAACAAGCUGAGAUGUUGGACUCUCAGCAAGUCAUCCCCUUUGAUACCGAGCAGUACUUCCAGCAAGAAAACCAGCAGUUGGGGAAUUUUGAUUUUCCAUAUAGUGACAUAUGGAACAUGUCAGGAGGGCAAACACAAGAGCUUGGCAAUUCUCAAAGCACACUUGGUACACUUGACAGCCUAUCAUCAAUAUAUGUUGAGGGGGAAGAUCAAGCUCUGCAGACUUACAGCAUACUUUCCUUAGAAAAUGGAAUUUUGCUGAAUAGAAAAACGGGCAGACUAUUGACAAGCCAUAGUCAACAGACAAGUGCCAUCUGUGUUGAUUGUGUGACUAGUCCAGCUCUGGAAGACCUCAAAGAUGCAGUAGUAUGGCCAGAGCCAUCUGAAUCCAGAUUGGAGCAAUCUGAAGGGAAAUCAGGUCAGGAAUCUCAAUCUCGUAGUCAAACAGCUGAAAAUGGUGCAUCAAGUAUUUCGACCGCACCAUCCUGGAGGGAACGGCAGUUCUCUGAUGAUAGCCAGAAAGACGUAGAGAAAGUGCUAAUGUCUCAUACGAGUGAGGGUGCCGGGCUAAGCUUACAGUCAUCAUUAACAUAUGCAGAAGUGGAUUAUUCCUCCCUCAGGAUUUCUAGCAAUGUUUCUGUGCGUGAAGGAAGCUGGGUAAACCUUAAAACGGGCAGGCUGCUAUCAUCGCAGGGCCAGCAAACCGACGUCCGUGGGGAAGAUGGCUAACCUGUACUCCACUCCAGCUCUUCACUGGAGUAAUCAUGAUCAGAUGGUUAAAUGAAGGCCACCAGCCAGCCUGCCACAUUGAUGAACCAUAUGAGGAAUUUGAGAUGCCAAGAUAUAGAUGCCUUGAGAAAACUUGGAGACCUCUGAGAAUCAGCUGUUCCUAGGAAUUCUGCUGGUAGAGGAGCAAGAGUAAGGCUUCUGGAAACAUGAGAAGCAGAAUAAAAAUGGGGAAACCUAUAUUUCGUGGUUCACCUGCUUGAAUGUCCAUUAAUCAUUUUUAUUGCAUUACGCCAAUUCCUCAUAUAUUUAUGUUGAUAGAAAAGCAAGUUUGGUUGCGGUUUCAACGCUGCAUGCAAAGGUAUGUUCUUGAUGGUUGCAACAUUGGAUGAUGCCUGGUCUGUACGAAUGAGCCAUGCGUAAAGGAUAGUCUUGCCCCACAUUGCCUCCAACCCUAAUAGAGCUGUUUAGGGAAUAGUAAUGUAUUUUAACUAACUCACUUAAAGAGUGCCAAGGGGAGGGAGCCAAUAGGUGGAGUGGCCAGAAUGAGGGGCAGCCAAGAGGUUACCUGAAACCCAGUUGAUGAAAUAAUGCAAGUGCUAUAAACGAUCCAUUAUAGGUGAUUGCUUGUGAUAAUGAGUGGGUUUGCAAAUCAGAAACUAUGCCUGCUAGAAUAAAACCUCUUCCAGAGAUCUGGGUGUGCAGAUCCAAAGCUAAAUUGACCCCUGCACAAUAGUGUUAAAACAUAAAAAAGAUAAA